AUUCAAGUCCAAUCGAAACAAGGUUGGGUUCGUCGGAGUUUGUACCAGGAUUAUAAUUAAAAGUUUAUUAAUUUUAUAACAACAAUGUGUUUAUAGUGUGUAGUGAUUGUGUGCUCGUGAAACCAUGGGCUACGACAUUGGGUGGCUAAUACCGCGACUCCGGAAUCCGGGUAGACUGUGGUAUUGUGCCAGCUCAAUCACAGUCGCAGUUGUUGGCCUCUUCAGCAAGAUUAUUGUAGAGUUCCUGAACAAGACUACAGUGUACAAUCGCGAAGCCCUGGCUCGCGCGGUGCACCGACCCCGUGAGGUGCCACUGCUUACUGUCUCCAAUCACCACUCUUGUUUUGAUGAUCCGGGACUCUGGGGUGUGCUGGACACAGGCACGCUAGUGAGGGGCUCGCGCAUGCGCUGGUCAUUAGCAGCACACGACAUUUGCUUCACGAACGCGUUACACGCUGCAUUUUUCGCGCUAGGAAAAUGUGUACCCGUUGUACGCGGUGCUGGAGUGCACCAGCCUGCUAUGGACUUCUGUGUUGAGCGGCUCUGCAGUGGCGAUUGGGUGCAUAUAUUCCCCGAAGGAAGGGUUAAUGUAGAAAAAGAGCAUAUUCGUUUCAAAUGGGGAGUUGGUCGACUCAUAAGCGAGAGCGCCGCGCGUGGUCGUCCGCCGUUAGUUCUACCAGUUUGGCAUGAAGGGAUGGAUCACGUACUUCCCAAUACAGAGCCAUAUCGACUGCGUGCACGCAACCACGUCUACCUCUGCGUUGGUGAGCCCAUUGCUCUCCAUCCGCUGCUUGACAGACUUAAAAGCACGAACGCGAGCGAGGAAGAAACACGGCGAGUAAUAACAGAACGAAUACAAGAGGAGUUGUGGCGUCUCCGCGACAAAGCGCAUGCGCUCGUCCGACGAGCAACGGGCCGCUUAUUGGAGGACACAACCGUCAUUCCCAAUGGGAAACAACACAACACACCAACACCAGAACCCACGCCCAAGGAGUGUCUCGAAAAGGAGAAGGAACUGUAAGACCCUUCAAGGACCGCGCUGGACGCGGAUUCACGGCAUGCGCCAAGUAACAUUGUCUUGCACAAUCCUCGUAGUUAAGAGAUAAUUUAUACCCUCAAACCCAAAGACUACAGAGAAUUGACUGAGUUCCUCUUGUGAGCCGAGUGAGAUGAAUUGUUGUAUAUAAUUUCCAGUGUUUUAUCGGAAUAAUCAUAUCAGUAAGCGUAUGUACCGAUGUUUUAUAAACCUUUACACGGCAAAGUUUAUAUAUAGGGUUAGAAUAUACAGUUGAAAAAUUAAUCGAUUUUACCACAGACACAGUCUUCUACGUGUUCCUAAACGUCAAGAUCAGUUUUUGACUUGAACGCAUAGAUUUUCUAUAUUCGAAUACGUAUUGUAGCUUGACUGUGAUUGGUCCAGAGCUGACCAAUCACAGCCCGCAAUCUAACGAUUCGUUUUUUAAACGUACAUUCUAACGUACGUUGCCUUUCUUUGGCCUGGGGCAUUUCUUCUAAAAGGCAACUGGAUAUAGAAAAGUUUUCGUCGUAAACAUUUUGGUAGCAAAAAGAUCACUAUUUCAUUUCAGUAAAUGCGAACCGUAAAGGUAACAUAACCAUUUCUGUACUAAUUAUGUUUAAUCUAUUUUUGAUGGUAUAUUUUUAAAUUUAACCUUUUGAGCCUAGUGUUAAACUGUACUUGACAGUUCUCAGACUACGUUAUAAUAGUCCGAAAACUGACAAAAAAAUAUUUUAAAUUUUAAUAUAUAAAUGUUACCGUGCACAAAAACAUAAAUUUUAUUUCGAAAUAAAUGAUAGAUUGUCAAUUGUCAAUACUCGGGUAAACAAAAAAUCUGGCAAGGCAGUAAUUUUUAUCGUGUUUCACAAAAUUAGUAAAUAUUGUCCUUGCAUGUGGUUUGCGGUUCUGACGUCAUGGCGAAGUGGGAUUUCCAAGCAAAAACUAAUUUAUCCUAUUCUGCUACUGAACAGUUGGCCUAGUGACUUUAUCCCCAGGUGUGAAUCAAUGUACUUUUAGUCUGUGUGGUACUCGCUCGUAUGGUGAAGGAAAACAUCGUGAGGCAUUCCAUAGACGGAAGAAAGUGUCAGGCACAGAAGGCUAGAGAAACAGAUAGAGAAAUCUGUCUUACUGUCCCAUAUUUUAAUACUUGAGUCCCGUCAAUGUCACUCAGAAAUGGAGUUUAGCUUUAAGAUUUCUAGUAUUAUAUUGGUGUUUUGUAUGUGUGUGACACGGUGACGUCAUUAAUAGACGUUGUAAUGUGAUUUUGGCAACUAUUUUAUAAUAAAUGUUUUAGAUGUAGGAUAUAUUUUUGUUGAAAUUUUCCUUGUUCCAAAUUAUUUUUUACCGUGUUAAUAGUUGUUAAACUUGAUUGUAGAGGAUGUUUUGGAUCGUCUAACAAUUACUUAACGUAUUAUAGAAGAUUAAAAUUGCUAGUUUCAAGUCCACUUAACCAUAUUGUGCUAACUAUUUAAUUAACAUAUGAACAGUCAGUUAAAUAACCAAAAUUGUGGUAAUUACAUAGUAAUAAUUAACCCUCAUUUAUUCCUUCAAACACUCAGCUGUACAAAAGAUAACUGACACGCACUUAAAAUUUUACACUAAAUAAUUAUAUAAAAAUAUUAUUUUUUAUUCAUAGAUUUUUGAUGCUAAAAAACAAUCGAUUAAUUUAAAAAACCGAUUUUAUAUACAGAAUUUUUUUUAGUUAGACGCAACUCCGGCAGCAAAAAUCACUUGGAGGGUUCAAUCAAGGUCCCCAAGACACCUACAUAAUCAGUAUCAUCAAAUUCGUGCGACGUAAUUCUAAAUCCAAUUCCCCUCCAUCUCUCUCUAUCUUGAGCAUUUUUAUCUCAUAUUAUCUAUCAAUUCUAUGCCUGGGUUUCCUCAGUAAAUCUCCUAUAAUAACAUAAAAAGGAAAGAUUUUUCGUUUGGUUUGUUUUAGACUUUAAAAACCAUGUGUGUCUGACAGAACUGACUGAUAACUGAUCAAAUAUAUGCACAAAUCUGGACUAUAUUAGAGUAAUUAUUAUGAUGACCCUCCAAAACAUCCUGUAUAAAAGAUAUCAGUAGAGCGAGAAGCGAGCUUUCCCUAGUGGCCACUUGGGUAAGAUUCAGAGUCUAGACUUAGCUAGGUAUACUCAUGUAUGUCAAAAUUCUAUGUUUGACAUAAGUCUACUCUCAAUGUUACCCUUUUAUCCCUAUGCUGUUUUUAGUAUUUUUACACUAUACCGUUAAUAUUAUUUAAGAAAUUUGUAAUAAUCAUGUUUUCAUUCCUAUGAAAAGUGUUAGCGCAAUUUAUUGUAUAAAAUGGUUGUGUAUUUUUUUAAUGAAGACAUUCCUCGAUGUUACCGUUGCAAUAAUCUUAUUUUUAAUUUAAAUACUAAGAAGUUCUUAAAAUAAGAGAGAUUUCUAUUUACUUAAGCAUCAAGAUGCUAAUUUUAAGUAAAUUAUAUUAAAUUAGAGAUUUUGCUUGUCUUUUUUAAGUGAAAUUUGUUCGUGCCCCUGAAAAGCUAUAAGUAGCAACACUGAAAAUAAUCUAAAAAUCCUAAAAUUCCUGUUAUUUCACUCGAUAGGGUCAUUUGUGAUAGCCAAAUCUUUAUAAUUCAAAGUUCUAAGUAGUCC